AUGAUUAUCGACAAACGCUGCCUCAGUAUACGAGCUAAGAAACUGGAUGAUGUAGUUCAGAUCUGUGAGGAGAAAGAGGACCUUCGACACGGUUUGCACUCUUCAACCAUAUGGCAGAUGAUUGCUGCCCUUGAUGUGACAUACACCAUGGGAGAGUCUCGUGAGGAAGUGGUUUGGCGAAGCCUGAUAACUAAUAGAGGAAACGUUUCACCUCCAGAGAGCGCUCAGUACCCAGCCUGUUCGGAUCUUCUCAAGCCAUCUUUCCACGCUUGGAUUCUCUGGCGAUAUGCUGUAGCAUUCAACGAACCUACAACUUUCCCAAUAUCGUCCUCAGCCAACGACAUCUUGCCAAGUCAGGCAGAAAUUGACAAAGGGCGCAAUAGGAGCAAAGUUGAUCCUGUAUACCUUGCUUUUCUUGCGCACCAAGCUUCCCUUUUCAAUCUUUCCUAUUCUCACGCGAUGCGGCAACGCCCUUUCCGUACACGGCAAGGUUACUUUGGGAUUGGUUCAAAAUGCCUUGACGUAGGGGACUCUGUCUGGAUUGUUCCUGGAUGCCGUGUACCUAUUAUCCUUCGUCCUAUUAAAGGCAGUGGGCGAUACUGCCUUGUUGGUGGCACGUACGUUCAUGGCGUUAUGAAUGGCGAGGCUUUGUUGAGCUGCACUGACUUGGACUUCGAGAUGGUGGGCCUAGAGUAG